AUGGGUGUAUCCCACCAGCAGGACAAAUGGAGACCUCUUUUGUGUCAAGGCAAGCCUGGGGCCUAGAGCCUUGCUGGUGUCAUCUCCUGGGUGGGAUGUGCCUGCAGCUGGAGAGGGAGUGAGAAGAACAAACAUUACAACAGAGGAUCCCUGGGAAUAUUCCCAGACUUCAGCAUGGUGAGUGCUGCUCUGAAAGUGAAAAGCUCCACAGUGUUUUGUAGUGUUCAGGAUGUCAAACUCUGCAAGAGUGAAGGGGAAUUACAUUUUCCUGGAAGGCCUGAACAGCUCUAUCAAAACCAUCAAUUGUGUGUAUGGAAUCUAUUUGUGCCAGAAGGGAAUUACUUAUGGCUUCAUUUCUCCCACUUUUUCUGGCCAGAAACAUUCAGUGACUAUGAUUCUUUAUCAGUCUAUUCAAUUGACAGACUCGUGGGGAAAUUCUGUGGAGGAGAUCUUCCAUUACCUCUUUUGAUUGGCUCCAAUAGCAUAAGGCUGAAAUUUGUUUCUAAUGAUGAGGAUUAUGGAACUGGUUUUUCCAUUACCUACAAAGCUCUUACAUCAGAUAUUCUUCUUGCUGCUGGCUGUGAGUCCCUCCUUGAAGGAGUGUUGGAGAGUGUGCACUACCCAGAGCACUACAGCAACCUGGCAGGCUGUCAGUGGAUUAUCUGUGCUCCAGAGGACCACGUAGUUAAGCUUGCAUACUAGUCUUUGGAAGUAGAAGAGAGUGAAGAUUGCUCCUAUGAUGCCAUGAAUAUGUAUGAAGAUGUGGGAAAAGAGGAGGAAAUUGUUGAGUCUUGCGGAUUUGCCCUACCAGCACCUGCUCCAAGCUCCUCUGCUAUGAUGCUGGUUGUCUUCCACCCUGAUGAAACAGAGACCUUUGGAGGAUUCAGAGCUACAGUCUCCUUUGUUCAUUUGCUAGAUUUAAAUAUUUUGAAUUCAACUAAAGAAGAAGUUUUUGAAAACCUGAAUAUUACUGAAGAAGAAAUAAAGGUUAUAACAGAGGGUGCUUGUGGAAUGCCUUCAAAUCAGCCCAGAUUCCUCUUCAGUAGGAUAACUGGAGGUGAAGAAGCUGUGCCCUACUUGUGGCCUUGGCAGGCCAGUGUGCAAAUUGCAGAUGAGCACAUCUGUGGAGGAGCAGUCCUUGCCCAAGAAUAGGUUGUCACAGCAGCCCACUGCCUUCAUUCCAGGUCAAUCAAGCAGUAUUUUAUACACCCAAAUUUUAAUGAGACCACUCUGGACUCUGACACUGCCCUGCUGCAACUGGCUGAGCUCUUGGAAUUCACCCCCUCCGUGCUCCCAGUGUGCCUCCCUGUCGGGGAGGAGGUGCUGCAGCCCUCGAGGAUGUGUGUGGUCACAGGGUGGGGUGCACCUGAAGCAGACAGAGAAAAGGGGAAAAAACUGCAGCAGCUGGAAGUCCCCAUCCUGGCACCUGACAUAUGUUAGAGCUAUUACAUAAAGCUUCCCAGGAAGGGGACCCUGGGGAUGAUCUGUGCAGGAUUCCCUCUGGAGGAAGGCAAGAACUCAACUUUUAAAAUGUUAAAAACAAGUGAUUGGCGUUUUUCACAGGGUGAUACUGGAGGCCCAUUAGUUUGUCCUUCAGAAGACAACUCAGGGUUUUACACUCUCCAUGGAAUCACUGGCUGGGGCUUGGGAUGUGGAAAGAAGAACCACCCAAGAGAAUACACCAAUGUUAGGGUUUUUUUUGACUGGAUCAAAAAGAAUAUUAAUAGUAGUGGUAUGUAUGAAAAAAACCCAACAAAACAACCAUUAAAUUGUGGAGAGUUUUGUGGAGAUGUGGCUUGAAGAGAAGGGACAUGAUAAAAUACAGCUGGUAAAACAAUAGGCCUUUAGCAGAAGGCCUUGGGCAAGGCCACAGUAUCCUUGAGUAAGAAGUUAUACGAUAACGGGAUGCAGAAGCAGAGACUAGGUAGUGAGGGGAGAAAACAUAGGCAUUCUGAGUAUGUGGUAGCCUUUUAUGGCGAACCAAUAGUGAGCUUUAGUUUUGCAAUAUGUAUGAGCCUUAUUAUCAUUGUUAUAAGAACACGCAUGUUAAAUCAAUAAACUGAGACUUGUUGAUCAUCA